AAGAAAGCGAACAUGUGACGCGAGAUGAAGUACCUACGUUCUCUUUCAUUUGUAUAUUUUAAUUUGACGGAGAAUAUUCGUGUUGUGUCGUGUUUUUCAAGUUACCGUUUGUGUUGUGAACUGUAAAAUUUGAUGUUUGUUUUGAGUUCGACAGGAGUUAACUGAAAAUAGCUCGUGAAUUAUUUGCACCUCGACUCCUUACUUCAUUGCAGUGUGCUCCUACCUUUACCAUUUGAUUAACCUUGAAAACGCAAAACCAUGCAAAAUGGCGGAGAGAGGAAGGAGGCAGCUUCUCUGCAGCGACAACGCGUUAUGAACCAUUAAAUUUAUUGCAUCGUGCUCACCGAAAUCGCGCAGACAUGGCUCCAAAACACCUAAGUCUGAGCGAAAAAAAUUUGCGGGAAUCUAUGGACGCCAAGUCGGAGAUUCUGGUGUCCUCGGAGCACUUCGGCAGGUGCGUGUGUCACAGUUUGGACCUGGUGCUGCCCAAGAAGCAGGCAAACGCGAGAAGACUACACAGGAGGUCCAUAUCUACUUGGAAUUUGGAAACAAAUUCGAAAAAUAAACGUUGUGCAGUGAGUGCUAAGAAGAAAUGUGAAACAGAGAAGGAAAAAUCCAGUUUGGUGGGAUGUCUUAAGCUUGUCGGGAAACUUUUUGGUAAACGUAAGGACGGUAAUAAAGUGACGACAGUAGUGGCAACUCCUGGACAGGGACCCGAUAGACCUCAGGAAGUUUCCUAUACGGAUACCAAAGUUAUUGGUAAUGGCAGCUUCGGCGUCGUAUACCAAGCCAAAUUAUGUGAGACCAACGAGUUGGUCGCUAUUAAAAAAGUACUACAAGAUAAAAGGUUCAAGAACCGGGAGCUACAGAUAAUGCGAAAAUUAGAACAUUGUAAUAUAGUAAAACUUAAAUAUUUCUUUUACUCCAGUGGUGAUAAGCGAGCUGAAAUACCGAUACCAUUCGACAUGUCAAUGUCUAUAUUCAUGGGCACAAGUGCGCAGAAAGAUGAAGUGUACCUGAAUUUGGUAUUGGAGUUUAUUCCCGAAACAGUUUAUAAGGUAGCCAGGCAUUACAGUAAAUCCAAGCAGACCAUACCAAUCAGCUUUAUAAAGUUAUAUAUGUAUCAGUUGUUCAGAUCUUUGGCAUACAUCCAUUCGUUAGGAAUCUGUCACAGGGACAUAAAACCACAAAACCUGCUUUUGGACCCUGAAACAGGAGUUCUUAAGCUAUGCGAUUUUGGCAGUGCGAAACACUUGGUCAGGGGCGAGCCGAAUGUCUCUUACAUCUGCAGCCGUUACUACAGGGCUCCAGAGCUGAUAUUUGGUGCUAUCGACUACACAACUAAAAUCGACGUUUGGAGUGCGGGCUGUGUCCUGGCGGAAUUGCUCUUGGGCCAGCCUAUAUUCCCCGGCGAUUCGGGCGUUGACCAGUUGGUCGAGAUCAUCAAAGUCCUUGGCACGCCCACGAAAGAGCAGAUCAAGGAGAUGAAUCCCAACUACACCGAAUUCAAAUUUCCACAGAUUAAGUCUCACCCGUGGCAACAGAUUCAUAACAUCCUUCACUCAUUCCCUAGUCGGAUGUCAUUUCUUGAACAAUCUUUCACAAUAAAACCAACUAAGGUGUUCCGUGUACGGACUCCUCCAGAAGCUAUAGAACUGGUCUCUAGGCUGCUAGAGUACACACCGUCGUCACGAAUAAGCCCCCUACAAGCGUGCGCUCAUCCCUUCUUCAAUGAGUUACGUGAACCCAACACUCGUCUGCCCAACAACAAUGAAUUGCCACCUCUGUUCAACUUCACAGAACACGAGUUGAGCAUCCAACCUAGCCUCAAUGCGAUACUCAUUCCUAGGGGACAGGGUGGUUCUGAAUCGACUAACAGUCCCCAGGAUGGUCCCUCAAGUGUGGCUACAGAAGGCAGCGACACACCAGUUGUAGCUGCAGCCACCGCAUCCGGUAUGGCUUAGAUUGAUAAUUUAUUCCUGUAAAAAAAUUAAUGGCAGACGGUUGGGCACCCAACACAAUAUGGGUCUUUUUCUAGGCGUACAAAACACACACCACACAAACAUUGUGCACGCAAAAUUUAGGGUGCGUGCUUUUCUGCUGAUCCACUUCAAUAUGUUACAUCUUUCAGAUCUGUGUGUUCUUUGUCCGUUUCGCUGGGACGGCUGUACUAUAUUUAGAGUAUAUAAAAUUUAAUAUACGUUCAUUGUACAGAACUUUUUGACUUAUUGUUUUUUGAUCCAUUUGAUAAUGGUUGAUAAUUCUGUGCUCGUUGAAAUUGGAUAUGCGACUAAUAUAUGAUGAAAACUCA